AUGAACAGGAUUACGCUUUAUGAUUUUAUAAUUGACGAAAUAAAAGGAGGAACACAUUAUAACAGAUAUUAUAGUGAUAGUGAUUGUUCAGAAGAAGAAUGUAAAGAAGAUGAAAAUGUGUCUAAAAAUAUAAAUGAUAAUAAAGAAAAGAAUAUUAAUGAUGAAUAUAAAUAUGAUUUUUACAAAUUUCUGGAUCAUAUUUUUAAAGCUAAUUCUAUACCAGAUAAUGCAUUAGAUCAUAUGUUAAAUGUACCAUUUUUUUUUGAGAAACUAAUGAGUUUUUCAUUUCUUUUAUGUUUAGAUAAUAUACUAUACGAUAUAACGUUUAUGCCGAUACAAGUGGUACGAUCCAUAUGCCUUCUGAUUAGUUUAUUUUUUAAGAACGCUAGUCGUAAUAUUAUGAACAUUUUUUAUAAUUUUAAAAAUUACAAGUUUUAUAAAUAUGCGGUGAAUAAUUACAAAGACCCAAAGAAGAAAUAUAAGGUGAGGGUUAUAAAGAAUUUAAAUAAAUUGUCAUAUAUUAAAAGAAAAGAAAAUGAUCAUAUGUAUGAAAGCAAAUAUAUUAAGGAGAAGUCCCUUGAUGAAUCUUCUAUUUUAUAUAAGAAAUUAUCAAGGAAUUUAUUUUCGUUUCAUUAUCUUAAUGGUUCUCGCUUUAGCAUGAACGCUUCUCAUUCCGAUGAUAUAUGGGUAGACACGCAUUUAGAAAAAAGGAUAAAUAUUAAUAAUAAUAAUAAUAAUGAGGAAGAAUUUAAUAAAAGUGUAGAAAAACAAGAAAAUGAUGAGCAUAAAAAUAAUAUAUGUGACAACAUUACUUGUAGUAUGAAAAAGAAAAAUAUCGGUAAAUAUUUUUUGUAUAAUAGAAAGAGAAAAAUGUCAAGUUAUAAUAAAGAUUUAAAAAGUGAAUUGUUGAAAUAUGGUCAUAAAUACAGUGUAUUGAAAUCAAGAGAAGACGUAAAAUUAUUAAGGUCGAAGUCUAUUAUGUUAAAUUGUGUAAAUAAUAAUAAUGAUGAUGAUGAAGAAAAAGGAGAACGAAAGAAAUAUAUAAAUAAUAUAAAAUAUUUAAAAAACGAAAUAAAAUUAAAUUAUUAUUUUAAGUAUAAAGGAAAUAUGAUAAAUGAUACCUAUUAUAGUGAUAAUAUUUAUGAUAUGGAAAAAGAAAAUUGGACAAAGCAUAAAAAGAAUAAAAAGAAAAUAAAUGAAAUAUAUAAUACAACGAAAAAAGAAAAAAAAAAUUUCUUUAUACAUUUUUUUAUUAUUUUAUUUUGUUUUGGUAAAAAUAUAUUACAAAAUAUUAAAUAUCUAAUGAAUUAUAUAUUUAUAAAAAUUGUAUACUUUUUUCAUAUCCAUAAAUUAUAUACAUUUCCUAUUUAUAAAGAUGAAAGAAAAAAAAAAAAAAUGUAUACACAAUCAUUUGAAAUGAAUUUUCAUAAUACAAGAAAUAAACAAAUGGUUGAUUUUUCUGAUAUACACAAUAGGAGAGGUUUAUUAAAAAUAGAUUAUGAACAAGGGGGUGAAAUACAUAGGUUGAACUCUGUACAUUUUGAAGAUAAUGAAGAGCAUAUCUCUUCCAAUCUUUUUAUAAAGCAUAUGUAUAAAUCAAAUGAAGUAGAUAUGGGAAAAUGUGUGAAUAUGUCUAAUAAGGAGAAAACAAAACAGAAUAAUAAGAACAUGAGAAAUUUAUUAAUGUGUGCAAAACGUGUUAUAGGUAGGAACAAUAAAUUGUGUGCAAGCAAAAAUGAUCAUAUUGAUACGAACAAAGGCGAAAAUUAUUCUAAUGAAUUUGUAGAUAAUAAAUUUGAAGCAUCGUGUGAGCAGUAUGGGAAGGAUAAAGAUACAAAAAUGAAUGAUCCUAACAAUAAUAUGGAUAAUAAUAUGGAAAAUAAUAAUGACAAUAAUAAUGACAAUCAUAUUAUUAUGAGUGAUGUAAUGAAUAACGCUAGUUAUUGUACAACCGAAAAACAUAACAAUUGCGAUCUUCUCAAUAUGAAGGCAAAUGAUAAUAUGUUCAAUGCAUGUUCGCAUAAUAAUGAUGAUGACAAAAUAAUUAAAAAAGGUUGCCAUGAUUUGAAGUACAAAAAAGAUAAUCAAAAUUGUAAUAGCUUUAUGGUAAAUGAGAAGAAUGAUGAUAAAUUUAUAAAUGAUACAAAUAAAUGUAACCCAUUUUUAGUUAAAAGCUUUUAUAAGGAUGAAAAAUAUAAAAAGAGUAAUGAUGAUUUUACAAAAUUGAACGAAAAUAAUAAGAAGGAUUCAAAGAAUAUGAAGAAUAAAAAAAAUAUAAAUAAUUUACAAAAUAUGAAUAAAAUAAAAGAUAUGAAAAAAAAACUUUUUAAAGAGCAUUUAAAUUCUUUAAAAUUAUCAUUUCCUGAAUAUAGUGGUAUAAUUAGGUUAUCUUUAAUAUUGAUUUGUAUUUACAUUUUUUCAUUUGUGGAUACAUCUAGAAUCUAUCAUUAUAUAAGAGCCCAGCCUUUUAUGAAAUUAUAUGUGGUUUUAAAUAUGUUAGAAAUUUUAGAGAGAUUAUUGAGAUCUUUAGGAAAAGAUUUGAUCGAUAAUAUGAUAAGAACGUUUAUAAGGAUAAUUAAUUUGAGGUCAUAUAUUUGUAUUAUAAGAAAUAACUAUAACGAAAAAUCUAGUAUAAAUAGUAAUAGUAACUAUAUAAAUUAUGUACAUAAUGAUAAUUAUGGAGUAAAUAGUUAUAUUUACAAAAACAAAGACAAUAAUAAUGAAUUAAUUACCUUUGAUAAUACUAGGCAUAUUAACGUAUUUACAAAUAAAAAUAAAGAUAAUCUUCUUAAUAAUAAUAAUAAUAAUAUGAAUUAUAUGAAUUAUAUGUAUAAAGAUAGUGUUAUUAAAAAUAAACAUGAAUACGAAAAUGGUUAUGUUACUAAUAUGGAUAAAGAUAUUUUUUCGAAUAAUUUUUACAUGAAUAAUAUAAGACAUCAUGCAGAUUCAUUUUAUUAUCAGAAUGAAUUAAAUUCUUUUAAUUUAAAUAAAAAUAAAGAAAACAACGUACGAUUUUUUAAUAAUGAAAAUGAUAAAAAGAAAAAUAAUAAAUCUAAAAUAUCCAUAUUAUUUCCUUUCUAUAGUGUAGUACUUAAAUUUACCAUACAAUAUAUAUUUGUUCUUGCAUAUAUCUUAAUUCAUGCAUUUAUGCACCUUGUGCGAUUCUUAUCCUUAAAUAUAGCUAUCAAUUCGUCAGAGUCCACCAUGUUUUUAAUCCUAGUGAUGAGCAAUUUUACAGAGAUAAAAUCCACAGUUUUUAAAAAAUUUACAAAAAUAUCCCUAUUUACAAUUGUAGCGUCUGAUGCAGUUGAAAGAUUUUAUUUGUUCAUAGAUGCUUUUCUUGUUCUGUUAAAAAUGUCAACAGCAUAUAGAACACAAAAUUCAUUUUUUAGUAUUUCCAGUUGGCUGAUUAUUAUAUUAUUACUUGAGGUGGGUGUAGAUUGGUGUAAGCAUUCUUAUUUGUUAAAGUACAAUAAAUUAGAUUCAGAAUCAUUGAAUAAGUAUUUUCACACUCUUUUAGCUGAUGUUUUAAUAUCAAGAACACCCAAUAAAAAUAUUUAUUACAUGAAGGAUUCUUUUGCAGUUCCGUGUAAAAAUAUUUUUUCCUUUUCCCACAUACCGACGAGACGGUUGGGAUAUAUGUCCAUGCCAGUCGUAACCUUGAUAGUAUGUUCCCUUCCAAGAUUGAAUUAUUUAUCAAAUAUAUCACUUUUUUCCUUUGCCUUAUCUAUAUGGAUUUGUUUAUUUCUUUUUAAGAUAAUAUUAUCAAUUAUGAUUGUGUCUUAUACAAUAUCGGAGAAGAAGCAAUUAAAAAAUUUGAAAAAACCUUAUGAUGACAUUAGUGCAUUAUAA